AUGGAGUCUUCUACAUGGGCCAGCGCCGACAGCCUCUCCACCACGCCGCCGCCGCUUGAUCCCACGGUCAGCCGGUCGGUGGAUCCACGCGACUUCUACUUGACGGGCUACUCGGCGGAACUGGACGAUAUGUCUACCGGCGAAGGAAAACCCGCGUUCGCCAGCUCGACGGCCCAUGCGACACCGCGAUCAGUAUCAGGUCCAGCUGGUGACCCCAGCCUACGCUCUCCUAUGGUACUWCCGUCACGUCCGCAUGGGACCGUCAAGGACAUGGCAAACCGCUUCGAUCGCAGGGUCGCCAGCGGCGAUGGCCGCAGUCCGCUCACCGUCGCCACCACCCGAGGAGAGCGCUAUACCCGCGUGCCCCAGCGAUCUCCCACGAGUACUUCGAGCGCAGACAGCCGACCCAGCACCACGAGACUGCAAAAGAGACGGCCCACGGGGGAAAAAUCGCCCAGAAAAUCGCCAUCGACCUCUUUUGAAACGGCGCAUUCUUUCUCGUCUGCGGGGACGGUGUUGACCACGCGCAGCCAGCCAUUCGCUGCCUUCUCUCGUCGCCGCUCGCGCUCUCCAGGCAAACAGACACAGCACAGUGGCCCGAGACCGCUAUUUGGCGAGAUCACUGCGGAUGGAAGAUGGAAUGGAAACUUUGACCUGGGCAACUACGGUCCUCUGCCGACAUUUGAGAGGGCACCGCGGCGUGGCAGCGAAGGUAGCCUGGCGCUUGCUCACGGACGCAGCCAGUCUCAUCACGAUAUUUCCAAGCCAUUAUUACGACCAUCCUCCAGGCAGACUCUGGUGCACAAGAGGAGUCGGAGCGAAAUGAGCGCAGCACAACCCCAGUUGAUGCCGAGCAUGCCAAAUCUGAGCUCCCACUAUCGACCCAACCUCCAUCCAACACCACCCGACUCUGGUCACCGUGGAAUGCGCCCCCGCAACCAUCCGUCAACAUCACAAAUCCCAGUCAGAACCGGCGGAUAUUCAGCUCCGCCACCUGCAACUCAAUCGCGGCCUGCAUCUGCAAUGUCAAAUCCAACGCAGGGAAGACGUUGGUCAAAGUCGCCAACUCGGCCUAUUAAAGGGAAAGAGAACACUACGCCCUCAUCACGAAGUCGAUAUCUCCCGCCCUCCAUAUCCACAUCACCUGCAUCAAGUAAGAUGGUCUCGGCGAAAAUCGUUGCACCCCUUCCCAAGACGUCGCCUCCGCUUCGCUCGUCACGGCCUAGACAGCCGGUGAGCUCGGCCACGACGUCUGCGAGCCGAGCACGCGCAGCAGAACGAUAUCACAGCCAAUAUCCACGCCCUCGCGACGGAAGGCGGCCGAGCGAACAGUGGCUCGGAGCGCCAUACGACCUGCAGAAGGAGAGGUCGAGGAGGAAGAUUCCGGAACUCGACAAGAUCGAUUUCGAGGCACGACGGGCGCGAAUACAACGGGCCAUAACGCAAAGUCUGAAGUCAAAUGAGGACUACGAUGAGCUGAGGAGUUCUAGAAGUCAAUCUAGGAGUGUUUCUCGAUCAAGGCCUGCCUCGAGGGUCGUGUCUCGCGAGCAUGCUGCUGCUGCCAAUACGGAUUCCACGACGCAAUCGGACAGUCACCAAAUGAUGGACAGCAAAACCCCUGGACCUCACGGGCACACCCGCGGUCUCAGUCUGGACACAACGGGAUUGCUGGCGGUGSCCGGUGCAGAGCCUGAACCGUUGACAAGCAUGACCGAGCAGACCAUGUUCGAAGAGGAGAGUCCCGCUCUCGGCCGGUCCGCUGUGGAACGAGGCACGUCAGGUCCAACAGCAGUGACCGGGUCCCCGGAAGUGCAUCAGGAGCCGCCUACACUAUUACCGGCUGCGACGUAUCAAGAGCCGUCAAAAUUCGCGGCCUCUGCCACAUCAGCCGCAAGUUUGACGGAGGCAGCAGCCGACUCCGUCGAUACGCCAACCCUCCUCAACCACGUUGCGCGUUUGCGAGAACGCAGCAGCUCCCCUGCUAGCCGCGACGGUACUGAAUUUGCCGAUGAUAGCCCAACCGCACAAGAAGGUUCCGGGGAUUUGGUUGACCAAUGGGGACUUGGCAACGCCCAGGCCGCCGACCAGGGUUCGAUCCGGAUCAUGCUUGAUCAUGACCCAGACAUUGCCCAGGCUGAACCAUGGUCCACUGGUGGGGAGCUCCAACAUGUCCCUGCAGAGGGCGACGUUUUUACGCACUCGCAGGAGUACAAUCAACAAAACUUUGCCGCAAAUGGGUAUAUGGAAUCCCCACUUGAGGAAUCCGAACAUUCCGUACACGACGCUGCGGAUGUCACCCCACGCAAGCCUGUCACAAGAGACGACACACUCACGCCUCCUGCACUGCAACUCGGAGAUUUACACGCGGCAGACGACGGCACGCUUCGAAUUGACGGGAGAGUAUCUCGCGUGCUCGAGUAUUACCAAUCCACAGGAACGCUCACCGCCGAGAUGCUCGAGGAGAUGCAACACCGCAUGCUCGACCUGAACCGCCUCUCCGCUAAUGGCGGUUCCGAUGCCGACAUGAUUCAGAACUUGCUGAUGAGCAUCCAAUACAGCCAGCCGAUCGAGGACCUCCGGAAACGGAAGCCGUUGCUUCGAGCGGAUGCUUACGAGAUGCCGAGCGUCACGCCGGACACACCAGAAAUGCCUGCUGAAUUUGGGCACGUCAUCGUGUACGGGAGUGACGUACCUGAUGGUGAGGAGGAGGAUUUCGAAGCCAAGAUUCGCAAGGCCGAUGAAGAUUGGGAGCGACAACAGCGUGGUGAGGAUCCAUUUGUGAGUGACCAUGCACCGGUGCCUCCGCCGAAAGAUUAUGGAUACACACCCCGUUCGAGCGUUGGGCCGCCCAGUGACCUGGCUCCAGCUGCUAGUAACGACAAUGGGCUGAGAAUCGGGACAUUUGGUCAACUGGACAUGGCAGCGAUACAGGCAGCUGGAGACCGUGUUUCAGCAUCGACGUCUCCACUCCUCAGUCCUAAUCCACCUCAGCCAUCACACGAGCCGCCUGCACCUCCUCCCAAACCGUAUACGCCUUCAGACUCGUCCUUCGCCGCGGCCUAUCCUGAGCGGGAACCAAGUGAGGUGUCUCCCAAGUUUGAACGGGCGUGGGCCCCAUCGGGCUCAUCUCGUCCCUCACUUGACAGCCAGCGUGCACUGCCGACUCUGCCCGGCUCACAUUCAAUGACCUCAUUCACGGAUUCGACGAGACAGACUUCAAUUGACAUUCAUGGCGAUGGCGGCAGACUCACCAAGGCUCCAUCACCUGGGCCCGAGCAGAAGCGCUUGUUGAGGAGGCGUCACAUCAUCAAGGAAUUGCUCGACACCGAGAAUUCGUAUCAUCAAGAUUUGAAAAUCAUCGAGGACAUCUACAAGGCCACCUGCACUCCCGAUUUGGUACAACCCGAGGACAAGAAAGUACUAUUUGGAAAUUGUGAUGAAGUCGAGCGGUUUGCGUUGCACUUCUAUGACGAAAUGCGCAAGUCCGUGACUCAGGUUUACGUGCCAGCUAAGCAACAGCGCUGGGCGAACAAGCGAGGUAGUUUCUCGACUACCCAAAGCGAAGGCGCCAGUCAAAACUCUGCAAUGGACACUUUGGACGAUGAAAAAGACAGGACCUCGACGAUUGGCAAAACUUUCCUCGACAACAUGUUACGCAUGGAGCAGGUCUAUGGAUCGUACCUGAAGAACCAUGACGCCGCGAAUCAGCGCUUGUCCGCGAUCCAAGGAACGACGACUGUGAAGUGCUGGUUGGACGAAUGCCAUGCCAAUGCCAGCGACAUCACUGCAGCCUGGGAUCUGGACUCCUUACUGGUGAAGCCGACGCAGCGUGUGGCCAAAUACCCAAUGCUUCUGCAGCAGCUUUUGGAGGUUACGCCCAUUGGCCAUCCCGACCAUGAGAAUAUCAAAUCCGCGGCCAAAGAUUCCGUCACCAUGCUCACUCGGAUUAACGAUGCCAAGCGCCGUGCGGAUCUGGUUGAUCAGGUCAUCAACGGACGUGGUCGCAAGGACUCUGACAUUCGCAGCGGCCUCGCCAAAGCCUUUGGUCGUCGCACGGAAAAGCUCAAAGAGCGAGUAGGCAUUGCAGAGGCUUUUCAGGAUACUGAGUUUGACGAGCUCGCGCACAAGUUUGGUGGCAAUUACAUUCGCUUGCAGAUUUGCAUGCGCGACGUCCAGGACUACAUCAACCGUACCGAAAAGGCCACUGAGUUGGUCAACAACUAUGCGAACGCGUUGGAAUUGUUUACUGAUGUGGCGCCGAGCACUCUGCCCGAGAUUGAGAGCAAAUGGCGCAAGUACGGACAGGUGAUUCGAGAUCUCACUCAAAUUGCCUUUGAGGAGCACAAAGCAGCCGUGCAGAAACGCGUCCUCGAGCCUAUGCUGCUCUGCAUCAAACUGCACGAUGGUCCACAAAAUGCGAUGAACAAGCGAAAGAAGCGUAUCGUGGACUACRCCAAGUGCAAGUCUGAGGAGAGGCGAGGCUUGAAGCCGGACAAGAAGACCAUUGAAGCGUCAGAUUUGUACAUCGCGCUGAACGACCAGCUCAAAAUUGAGCUGCCCAAGCUCUACUCUCUGACUGCCCAGCUGGUGAUAAACUGCCUCAACUGCUUCCUCGACGCACAGAUACAAUGGCAGAGCACUUGGGAGAGGAAAUUGCGGCCACUUCUGGAAGUUGCGGACAUCCCGAGCAGCAUCCAGCAGAUAGAGUCUGCAUUCAGUCCCGACUUUACUGAGAUCAAAAAGCGAUGCGCAACGCUGUCAAUCUGCAAUGGUUCGCUCGCUCAAGAAGCAGCGAACUUCCUCUCUCCGCACACAACACUGAUGGAUCCAUCAUCCGAGGCUUCGAGCAGACGAAGAAGGCCCUCUACUGUAGACAGCUCGGCCAGGACUUUAUCCGUUGGAAGCCAAUCUUCCACUGCUGUCAAUUCGAGACGUCACAGUGGUAUAUACACACCAGGCUCUGACGUAAUGCCAGCCCGUCUCCGGUCCAACUCUUCCCUAUCAGCGCGAGCUCGGGCUCAGGGUGGCUCAACAGGUCCAACCGCCAUCAUCACGUCCGCCCACCGACCCUGGUCGAAUACAAGCACGCCCAGCAAUUCUUUCACCGGGAACAGGCCCGCCACGGGAAUCCAGCCGCCAGCUUCAGCAUCAGCACAGGCCACUCAUUUCGCACGGCCAUCCCCUGAUGUACCACGCAGCCCACGGCCCACCUCGGACGCAACGUACUUCACCGCGCGCCAGGAUCUACCAGAAACGCACCGGUUCUCCGGUCUCUUCACAUCUGCCCUGCCGCCUGAUAUGGCUUCGGUCCUCCAGCCCAACGAACCAGCAGCACCUCCCGCUGCAGUCCACGACAUGACGGUCCUCUUUGUCUGCGCCAGUCUCUUUGAAUUCAGCAUCGAGCAGACGCGCAAGGAAGGUGGAUACCCAUACCUGCAAUAUGUCCAAGGAGAAAUCUUCGACGUCGUUGGCCAAAAGGGCGAGCUCUGGUUGGCGAAGAAUCAGGACGAUUCUACCAAUACUUUGGGCUGGAUCUGGGAACAACACUUUAUCAUCGUGGGCCAGGAUAACGGCUGA